GCGGGGCUCAUGGUACGUUUUUAAUAUGUAUCGGCGGGGCGGGACAAAGGCAGACGGAAGUGUUGUGUGUUGUUGCCGGAAGUGGCGAGGGAAAGUUUGUGAUGGCGGCUGCAAUUUUAGCCGAAAAGGUGCCGGUGGACAGCGCGGAGGAGGGGGAGCAGCCCCUGGCGACGGCGGCGGAGCUGGCCGCGCAGAAGCGCGAACAGAGGCUUCGCAAAUUCCGGGAGCUGCACCUGAAGCGGAAUGAGGCUCGCAAAUUGAAUCACCAAGAAGUUGUUGAAGAAGAUAAAAGACUCAAGUUACCUGCUAACUGGGAAGCCAGAAAGGCCCGUCUGGAGUGGGAACUGCAGGAGGAAGAAAAGAAGAAGGAAUGUGCCGCAAGAGGGGAAGACUAUGAGAAAGUGAAGCUGCUGGAGAUCAGUGCGGAAGACGCGGAAAGAUGGGAGAGGAAAAAGAAGAGGAAAAACCCUGACCUGGGAUUCUCAGAUUAUGCUGCUGCCCAGUUACGUCAAUAUCAUCGACUGACCAAACAGAUCAAACCUGACAUGGAAUCGUAUGAGAGACUGAGAGAAAAACAUGGAGAAGAGUUUUUCCCAACAUCCAACAGUCUUCUUCACGGAACACACGUGCCUUCCACAGAGGAGGUUGAUAGGAUGGUCACAGAUCUGGAAAAGCAAAUCGAAAAACGAGACAAAUACAGCCGGAGACGUCCUUAUAACGAUGAUGCAGACAUCGACUACAUUAAUGAAAGGAAUGCUAAAUUCAACAAGAAAGCAGAAAGAUUCUAUGGGAAAUAUACGGCUGAAAUUAAACAGAAUUUGGAAAGAGGAACAGCGGUCUAAUCCCUUCAGGAACUGUUAGGAACUGUUUUUAAAAGCUUGACAAUGCUGGCAAAUUGAAGUUCUCUUCAAAGUUUUAUCAGGAAACCAGCAGUCAUUCUACGAUGCCUUCCUCAUCAGCAUUUGGAAAUAAAUGUUUUUCUUAAACAUAUACUUCCAUGUAUAUUCCCCUAUUUCUGUGCUUGGAUAGAAGAUGCAUUUUAAGAUGUAGUGUACUUGGUCUGUAAAAAUCUACUUUGUAUAAAUACUAAUUAUUUUUCUAUGUA